GCUGUUUCGUAUAGGGGUGUUUUGAAUUUGGAUUGCGCACGGUAUGGAGGUUCGACCGCGCAAGGAACCCGCAUUGGGUGUGACGAGGAAUCUGAGCGAAGUAUUCACACUUCUUCGCUCGAAUUCUCAACAGAAUAAGUUCAUCUACAUGAAUAGUGGAAUGCCUAGUAGUAACAGAAGCAAGGAUAUAGCAGAAGAAAAAAUGAGCCUGGUGAGCUUAGAAGAAGGCGGUGAACAUGACGAGUCCAAACAGCCAAUGUGGAUUCACACUUGCGACGAAGUAGAGUUUGAAUUUGGAAGGGUGCGGAGAUGUUUGGAAGAGCUAGCUAAUGCUCAACAAAAGCACAUAUCGAGGCCGAACUUUGGCGAUGAAGCUUUUGAGGCGGAAGAACGUCAAAUGGAAAGUACUACCGAGCAGAUCACAUCUAUGAUGUCCCAUUGUCAACGAUUAAUCAACAUGAUUUCUCAUCAAAGUUCACGAAAUGAGAACGCAUCCGAGAGGAGGCUACGGGAGAAUACGGUGUCGGCGCUUAUUUUUACUCUCAGCCAAUUGACAAACGAUUUUCGAACGAGGCAGUCUAAAUAUCUCAAGGACAUUAAGAACAGAACUAGUAAUGUGGACAAUUUUUUGCUAACCACCGGGCAAACUGACGAUCUCCAAUGGGAGGAACUGGUGGAUGUUACGCCAUCACACGAAUAUACCAUGGAUCAAAUACAAGCGAUGAUGGUGAAUGAGCAAACAGUAAAGGAACGGGAAAAAGAGGUUCUUGUUGUAAAUUCAUCUAUUAGAGAGUUGAAUUCGCUGUUCAAAGACCUAUCAUCAAUGGUUGUCGAUCAAGGAACAAUACUUGAUAGAAUCGACUACAACGUUGAACAAUCUUCAAUACGAGUUUCCCGAGCUGUCGACAGUGUCAAAAAGGCUGAAAAACAUCAGCGUGGUGACAAGAAAAUGCACUGCAUUUUCUGUCAGACAAUAGCGAUCAUAAGUUUUAUAAUUUAUUUCUCUCCGCGCAAUGUUGCCUAUGGAUUUUUUUUCAAACGUUACGGGUGGCGUACACUGUAG